GGUGGACGUUCUCGUAAAUAUCGUGUGGUGAAAACGCUAUUGAAAAAUUGGUUCUAUGAAAAGCGGUUUCUCUCUAAUCAAUUCGUAAUUUGUUUCUCGAAUCGAUAUGGUGUGUACGAGAAGCCAUCUCGCUAAUUACGGAACUCUCACGAUAUUUUCCAAAAUAAAGCAUAGUUUCUGCCAUAUAGGUCUUCAUAUUUACUAGAGUAAUUUACGAGAAGCCAGCAAAAUGAGCAAGAUGUCACGUUAUCCCUCUGAUGGCAAAGUCUACGUAGGAGAUUUGGGAAGUAGUGCUAGUAAGCAAGAAUUGGAGGAUGCGUUUUCCUAUUAUGGAUCCUUACAAAAUGUCUGGGUUGCCAGAAAUCCUCCUGGAUUUGCCUUUGUCGAAUUUGAGGAUCCUAGAGAUGCGGAGGAUGCAGUGAGAGGUCUGGACGGUCGUACUUUAUGCGGAAGACGCGUUCGUGUGGAACUGUCGAAUGGAAAAAAAUUGAGAGAUAGAGGCUCCUUUAGGAGAGGCACCGGAAGACCCUUUCAUCCAGAAGAUAAAUGUUACGAAUGUGGUGAAAGGGGCCACUACGCUAGAGAUUGUCAUCGCCAUAGGAGUUCUCGCAGAAGAAGGUGGUCCCGUUCGCGAUCAAGAUCACGAUCACGAUCGCGCUCACGUUCCCGCUCGAGAUCCCGUAGCAAUCGCUCGCGCUCGUCGCGACGCAGCCGAUCCCGCAGCAAGAGCGCCGGUGUUAAAGAUAAAUAUCGUAACAAGAAACGCAAGUCUCUUUCCAAAGAUCGAACCAAGUCGAAAUCUCGAUCAGGCUCCAGAUCGCGAAGCAGAUAAACGACGAAGAUAUGAUUUGUGUGAAAUCGACGUCGCUCAGUGGAUUUUUCUUUUGAUUUAAUUGGAAAUCUGCGAUAUAUACUUUUUCGUUACAAUUCAAAUGUAUCAAUUUAUCAUUUAGUGCAUAUAUAGAAGCCACUUGUUUUCGGAAUAUAAUUCUAUAUAUAUAUACACAUACACAUACACACACACAUAUAUAUAUAUAUAUAAAUGACUAAAAAAUAAUUAUUUUGUACACAAGAAGGAAGACUCAUUAUUGUAUUAUGACUUAUGACUACUACAGCUUUUCCAAAGUUCUCUUUGCUCUGUGUUAAUAGUUAGUGUUUAAGUUACUUAUAAAUUAAUAUUUCAAUAAAGGGCUAAUUUUUCCGACAAUGCAUAUUAUAUAUUGGAUAUUUUAAUUAUAUGUUUAAUCAAUCUCAUCGAAAUCUUCAGUUUCGCAUGAAACAAGUACAUAUAUAGUUUAGUUAGCCAAAUUCCAAAUUUUUUUUGCGUCAUUACUCUAUAGAAGGCAGAGCAAGUUAAUAGGCGUAGCAUAUCAAUAUGAUUUAUUUGCGAUUGCGUCAUAUCGCGAACUUCGAAGAAAUUGUAUUAAUGAAUAAUCGAUAAAAAGAGAUUAUUAAA